UAAAAGAAAGAUACGUCACUUUUUAGGGAGGCUAUGGAAUACUAGCGGCUGUGUGUUUUUCUAUACAAAUUGAAAAGUACUGAAUAAUUGUAGAUAUAAUAUAUUAGUCACUAUAGUGUUUAAUUAGUAAAGUAUAAGGACAAUAUGUCGUAUUCUAAUAAAUAUAUUUUUGCGGCCUUGCCGCGUACUCAGCGUGGUACACCGCUAGUUUUAGGCGGGGACCCGAAAGGCAGAAACUUCCUGUAUACCAAUGGGAAUUCUGUUAUAAUCAGAGAUAUUGAGAACCCUGCUAUCUCCGAUGUCUACACUGAGCAUUCGUGUCAAGUAAAUGUAGCUAAAUAUUCUCCAAGUGGAUUCUAUAUUGCAUCUGGAGAUGCAUCCGGUAAAGUUCGCAUUUGGGACACGGUGAACAAGGAGCACAUAUUGAAAAAUGAGUUCCAGCCGAUCGGAGGUCCCAUCAAGGACAUCGCUUGGAGCGCUGACAGCCAGCGCAUUGUGGUGGUCGGGGAAGGCCGUGAGAGAUUUGGCCAUGUGUUCAUGGCGGAAACCGGUACGUCGGUCGGCGAGAUCAGCGGCCAGUCGAAGCCUAUAAACUCUGUGGACUUCCGGCCGUCGCGCCCGUUCCGGAUCGUGACCGCUUCGGAGGACAACACUAUCGCUGUGUUCGAGGGGCCGCCGUUCAAGUUCAAGUGCACUAAGCAGGAGCACACUCGUUUCGCUCAAGCGGUCCGCUACAGCCCGGACGGCAGUUUAUUCGCGUCGGCAGGCUUCGACGGGAAGAUCUACUUGUACGAUGGCGCCACCUCUGAGCUGAAAGGAGAGAUCGGGUCACCAGCUCACAAAGGCGGUGUUUACGGUAUCGCGUGGUCCCCGGACGGCAAGCAACUGCUGUCCUGCUCGGGUGACAAGACGUGCGCCAUCUGGGACAUCGAGACGAUGCAGCGGGCUACGUUGUUCAAUAUGGGCACAGCUGUUGAGAAUCAACAGGUGUCGUGUCUCUGGCAAGGCAAGCACCUCAUCUCCGUGUCGCUGUCAGGUGUAAUCAAUUACCUGGACGUGGAUAAUCCUGACAAGCCGUGGCAGGUGCUGAUGGGCCACAAUAAGCCCAUCACAUCCCUAACGCUGCACCCAGACAGACACACUGUGUACACAGCCAGUCAUGAUGGUUGUGUCACCUCGUGGAACGUGGAAACUGGCGAAGCCCGCCACAUACAAGGUCAAGGUCACGGUAACCAGGUGAACGGCAUGCGCUCCAGCAAGGACGGCUCGCUGCUCACCAUCGGUAUCGACGACACGCUACGCCGGGCCGUGCCCGCCGCCGAAGGCGAGGCGCCGACCUACACGGAUGUGUCCGUUCCUCUGGGCUCGCAGCCUCGCGCCAUGGAUCACAUUAUAGAGGAUGAUACUACAAUUAUAGCCACGGUCAAAGAGUUGGCAGUGGUGAUCGGCGGCAGUAAGCAGUCAUCGUUGCCGCUCAACUACGAGCCCACGUGCGUCGCGAUCGACCCCAAGUCCCGACACGUCGCUGUCGGUGGUGCAGACAAUAAGGUGCAUCUGUACACGCUGGACGUGCGCACGUUGACACCGGGCCAGCUGCUGGAGCACCUGGGCCCGGUCACCGACGUCCGCUUCAGCCCCAACUCUCGGCUGCUCGUCGCCAGCGAUGCCAACAGGAAACUUAUAUUAUACUCCACUGAUGACUAUAAGCUGGCGCACAACAAGGAGUGGGGCUUCCACACGGCGCGUGUGAACUGCGUGGCUUUCAGCCCGGACUCGACGCGGGUGGCAUCUGGCUCGCUGGACACCAGCCUCAUUAUUUGGAACGUCGACCAGCCCGCCAAGCACACCAUCAUCAAGAACGCGCACCCGCAAAGUCAAAUAACUGGCAUCACGUGGGUGGAUGACGAGACGGUGAUCUCCGUGGGACAGGACGCGAACACACGUGUCUGGAGUGUGCCUAAAGCCUAAACCAUAAGAAUAAAUAUCAAGGUAAAACUGAUACUCCCGUCGAUACGAUAAUUACAAGGGGUACGUGAUAUACGGCAAUAUGUAUAUAUUGUUUAUACAAGAUUUAUAUAUUGGUCCAUUAAAGAAUAUAUUAAGUAUUCGAUCGAAAUUUAUAUAGAUAUCCAACAGAUGUAGGUGUCUUUGAAAUGGGCGAUGACCUUUAUUCGGCUUUGAAUGUCCAGAGGAACCCAAUAUAUAGAUAUUGUGGCAGUAAUGAUAAUACAUUAGCGUACGGUGAUGGCUCGUGUCCUAUUAAGAGCUAAAUGAGUCAGGGUUGUCAAGCGACAGACACUGUAGUGGGAACAUUCGUCUCGCUCACUCAUAUUUGUAUAGCGUGGGGUGAGUCUUUAUAAUGGAUAGAUAUGGAUUAUAAAGAUAGUGCGUAGAUCAAAAUUGACUCAGCCAAACCUCACUUUAAUUCUAUCAAUUUUGAUAGAUAUAUUUUUUAAAUUAUAACAAAGCGCGCUAUGUUUUUAGUGUUGCAAGUAAUUGCAUUAAAAAUUCCCCACAUGAGGUUAAUUUUUUAAAUUAAAAAAUAUGACCUACUUUUCCAAAGCAUAUGUAUGAAGGCACUAUUUAUAUAAUCUAAGGUUGCAUCUUAUUGUAAUUUGUGACAACCCUACCAACGUAUGCGGGAGCUAAAGGGAAAAAGAAUAUUAGCGGCAUUUCUGCAAUUACAAAGGGAAGUAAACGAGUGUCAGUUUUACUCGAUAUAAUUUGUUCUUAUGUCUAAACAUAGCUUUUCCAGGGAUGUACUCUUUGUAUGAGUAUUUUAAAAACUUAGAAUAUGUAUUUUUUCUACCAGUUUAUUUAUUUUCACGACAAGUUCCUUAAGUAGUGGGUGGCCAGAGAGAAGAGAGUGCCAAAGGCCUCUAUGCUUACAUAUGUCUCAUGUUUCAUCCAUUUUCAUAAUUCGUCUCAAGUUGUAUGUAUGAGUUACGAAAGUGGUUCUGGCAAUUCUUAAUGAUAAUAUCCACCAAACGGCUUGCAUCAGAUCGGCUCGGAACGGAUUUUACAAUCUUUAAACGAUUUUAAAUCGUAUACACAGUAUUUAAAGUCUAUAUUACCAAGCCGACUACAGAAACUUGACCGCGGAUGUCUUCCGCGAAACGCGAUCGUAGCCGAAGGUAUGUUGCGACGCGCGAUCGGCUCUGUUCGCCUGUCGUCGUACAUCGAUUUGGAAAAUUCUUUUGUUUAUCUAAAAUGGUAUACUUACAGAUUGGUCUUACAGAAAUUUUAUCAAACUUGCUUGAGUAGUUUAGUUUUUAUAUCUAAAUGACUGGUUUUGCCACAACUGAAGUCGAUUUUUUUUCUUGUGGAAUUAAAUUUUAAUUAUCAAUAUUUCUCAUUGUUCCAACUUUUCCUUUACAACGUUAUUUAUUGCCUUAUUUUAAGUUUUUAAUGAAUUCCCUACAAGAUAAUUUCCCUAAAAAGCAAAAGGUACUAAUUAAAAGAGUAUAUUAAUUUAUUAUUAAGAAACAUUAAGAAAAUACUAAUGUAUUUAUUUUCGCUUCAUUUUAGUUGUAAAAUUAAUUAAUGCUCAGAAAAUUGUCUACGAGCAACUGUAACGGAAUAUGUGUCGUCACUGUAGUUCCAUUCGGCUGGCCUUACUCCCCUUCUUAAAAACUAGCAACACAUUCCGGCUUCCAAUUUUUUUUUUAUCAAAAUUAAGCCCAUAUUACACGCUGUAUAAUAUAGUUAUUUAUAAUUAAAAAGAUUUUUCGAUUUUUUUUUAGUUUAUCUAUUAUGAAUAAAAAAUUAAAUUUUUUAUUUCCUAUUUUAAGAGUGUUCAUACUUCUGAAAUGUGGCAACAUCGCUGUUCUCUUUUAAUUGUCAAUAACAAUUAAACAGUUUUUAAUAUUUAUAAAUAGCUUUAAAUUCAUUACUGGAAAUCUUUUUAAAUAUUAAUUUAUUUAAAAAGUGUUCUCUUAGUGAAUUAAAACUUAAUGAUUUAAGUUCAUAUACCCGGCUACUAAAGUUUGCACUUAGGCACUUCAUAUUUUGCUUUGAAAUUUUUCAAAGACAUUAUUUCUAUUAAAACCCAAAUUUUAACUGUAAUAGCUAAAAUAAAUGCAUAAACUAUUUGAAGUUUUUAUAUACAUAUAAGGGGAUGAUUUUGGUGGCAAAAAGAGAGAUAAGAUGUAUUCCGUUAGUUGCUCAUUAUAUUAUAGCGUAAUUUAUUUGUUACUAACCAGUUUAUAUAUAUUGCGUUUCCCAGUGAGUAAACGAGAUUCUUCUGUAUUGAUCUCUGAUACGAAUGUUGCUUCCUUGUCAAGGCAUUUUUACAGUCAAAAUGUUUCAUAUCGUAGUGUUUAUAUUUCUUUUUUUACUUUUUUUUUACAAGAAAUUUUAAACUAGAACCUUAAAUUCUAUAAUUAUUCAAUCUCAUUUGUGACUAUGAUUUCUAUAAAUAAAGACUGUAAAUUCUUAGUAUUUUUUUUAUAUUUAUACAAUAUUUUGUCUUUAUAAUCAAAUUUGAGGACAUAAAUCUUUGUUUUUGUUAGAAAAUUUUGAAUUCUAUCAAUGAACUAAUAAUCUAUUUAUUUUUUUUGUCAUCAACUAUUAACAAUUCUGAAUAUGACAUGUGCUACGAACUAAAUAACAUAUUGACUGUAAAAUUUGCCUUAUAAUUUAUUAUUGUAUAAGUUUUUCGUAUUUUUUAUAUAAUAAAAAAAUAGUCCAUAGUGUUUUUGCUGGCAAAUUGUGAUUUUUUUCAAAUAUCAAUAUUAAAAAUAUUGUUUGUAUCAAUUAGUAUACUAACGUGUGAAGAAGCAUUUACAUCGAGGUGUUAUCAGCACUCUUCAGAAAUAUACACUAUACAUAUUGUUAGAAUGUUUGAAUACCAACGUACGGGUACGUUACCAAUAUCAUUGUAACUGUCAAUUGCAUUUUCCCGCGUAAAAAAAAAUAGAAUGUGGUUUGUCUAUGUAUCAAAUUUCAUUCAAAUCCAUUCGCUUUUUUAAAUUGAGUAACAAUUUUUACAAAAUCAUAUUUAUAUUAAUAAUCUGUAUAUAUAUACAGAUAAUGUAAUAUAAAAUAUAAACAUAUAUAUGUAUAUACGUUGGUGUAAAACUUUAAUAUUAUAAUGUGUAUUUCUGAACGGGACAAAAACUUUUCUAAACAGUAUUUUUAUACUAAUUUCUAAUAUAUUUUCUCUUUUUUUUACGUGGUUUCUACUAAAAUGUAUGUAAGAUGAUGAAAUAAAAAUUGUAUACACUUGUA